AUGGAUUUUCUUGCUGGAAAACUGGAAAGGGGAGUAGAAGCAGAAGAAGAUGAAUUGAGUUGGAAAACCGCACUGAUGACAACUACGGGGAAGACAAGUUUGAUGGUGGAAAAAAUGAAAGUGAAGCUGGAGUUAAGGGGUGGAAAAGCGAAGGGUGUAGGGAGGACUGAAGAAAACGGGGGUGAAACCAUUGAAAUUACAGAGAAUGGCGUUCUGAAAUCACGGGUAAUUAAUGGGAAUCCAGUGGAGACACUUUCAUAG